AAUUAUUCCUGCAAUUUUUAUACAAAUCAUGAUAACUUAUUUAUAAAAUAUUUUCCUCAAAUUGGGUUUUCUUUGUUUUCUUGUGACAAAUUAGGACUGGUAACAACCCUACGAUUCCGCGGGAAAUGCGACAUUUUCGUUCGAUUGAUGUUCUUGUCUAAAUGUUUUAAUCGGUGUUCUAACCUUUUCAAGCCUGGUUUUACUCCAAUGGCAAACAAUUUUAAUGAGUUUUUAACUUUUAUAUUCCUGGAUCUCGAGACUACUGGCCUGCGACGACCGAUAGAAAUCACAGAAAUCUGUUUAAUCGCUGUCCAAAAAGAUCACCUUCUUCGAGCCGCUGAAACCAAAACAGAGCCAAGACUAAUUGAUAAACUGAGCAUUUGUGUCAAACCAGUGCAAAAUAUUGAGUGUGGGGCUUCUUCUAUAACUGGUAUAAACAAAAUGAACUUGGCAGAGAAGCGUGAAUUUGACAGAAAGUUGGCGAAAGUUAUCAAAACCUUUCUUCGCCGUCAACCUUCGCCAUCUUGUCUUGUCGCUCAUAGCGGUGAUAGAUUCGACUUUGACAUUCUUGCUUCUGAGUUCGUGAAUGCCGGUGUAAAAUUCCCGAGUGAAAUACAAGCGGCAGACUCGUGGAAAGCAUUCAGGAAGCUCCACCAAGCAGAAGAACUGAAAACAUCAGAGGCUAAACGAACAACUAGAACAAAACUAGCCCCGUAUACAGGUCGGUUGUCGUUUAGCUUAGGGAAUCUUUACAAGAGGAUGACAGGAAGUGAAAUAGAGAAUUCUCACACAGCAGAAGGUGAUACGCUUGCACUAUUGCAACUAGCACUGAAAAAACCUGAUGUUUUAGAAUACCUGGAAAUGAUUGCUCACCCUAUGGGAAAUGGUGGCAAGAAUCCUGGACUCUUGAGGGUAAAGAAAAGGACAGUAAAAAGAGGGAAGGGGAACAGAGGGGCAGCACUUAACGAAGAAGAAAUUGCUAAAGUGCAGCAUGAGUACUUCUCUAUGUUAGAAAAGGAAGGAUAGACUCCAAUAAAAACAUAUCAAUUUUAACCCUACCAAGGGUACCAGAGCCGCCAGACUUUCGUACAGUCGCGACAUUUUGGCUGAGCGUCACUGGGCAGGGGAAGUUUGGAGGCUCUGGUACCCACGGUAUUUUAACCCUAAAGGAAAUUGGCUUCUGCUCUAGUGGUUUUUUAGUCUUCAGUAUAUUUUUUUUUAUUAUGUAAUGUCCUUUUGAGGUGAAAUAUUUUAUUUUUAUCCAGCCAAAACAAAUGAAACAACAUUUCUUACCCCUAAAUGAUAGCACAUUGAGCAUACCUGUCAACCUCCGAAAAUGUCAAGGCUUGAGAUUUUUUUUGGGGGGGUGGGUUCAUCAAUACAGCGUUUGCCGUAUUGAAAGCUCUCACGAACAAAUCCACAAGGGUGUUAGAUAAAUUGCGCUACGCAAGGGGAUUAUUGUUUUAAAUAUUUUAAUGGAAAAUAGGCAAAAUGAUGAUUUUCUAUAUAAUAAUUUUCCAGAAGCGAUAAAAAUCGCUAAAAAGCGGGAGAUUUGGUGCUCAAAGUGGGAGAGUGAGAGAAGGGGUCCAAAAUCUUGAGAGUUGACAGGUAUGAUUGAGUGUUGAGCCAAUCAAAUUGCAGGAUUUGUGAUAGAUGUGAGUAGAUUUAUACUAAUUAAAGAUAUAAUCUUUUUUUGUA